UUCACCACCGAAGGGGUAUUUUUGUUUUUCUUUCGAGUGUUUUGGUGAAAGAGUGCAGAGAAAAGUUAAAUUUUCCUAUUGAAAGUCACUGAAAAUCUAGUGAAAAGUCCUCGUCGGUCAAAGCAUGGAUCCGGAGGAAAACGGUCAGGGUGAAGAAGCUGACUGGGAAGAGGUUGUUGAGAUGUUUUCAGACUCUUCAAUGGAUGAAGAUGAUGCCCGGGAGACAGAAGAAUCAUCCAGUAGUAGAUUUGCUGGUCUCAGGCAUUUCAAUAUCGUGCGCAUUAGGGAUGCUUCGUGGUUUUUCCGGGAAUUCCGGGGAUUCAAUCGUCCCUUCAGUUCUGGAAGUGAGGAGGAAGUGCAAUUGACAACCCCGCCAAAUGAAGAGAGUGAGAAUUCAGAUGGAGCAAGUACCAGCAACAAUCAACCCCAGAAUUUUGACACAGAACUACCUACAAAUCACUCAUACCUGGGCAGAAUGGAAUCUGUGUCCGGUGUGGAGUUCUAUGAGCCGGGAAAGAGGUACAAAAUUCACAUUUGUCCCCAUCAUACUGUCAUCUUUCCCGGGGAAAUCCUCCCAGUUAUCCUGUCAACAAGCCAGGCUUUUCAUCUGACGGCUCAGAGUGGAGGACACUCAGUUGGCCUGGUCUUCCCGCCAGUCGGCAAUGAACAGUUUGGCGUGACGUGUCAGAUGUACGAGCGAAAUGUGAGAAAUCCGCUGUGGAAGUCCGAUCUGAGGGCGAAGCUGAGAGCUCAUCAGAGAUUCAGGGUUUGCACAGAUACAUCCACUCAGCCAGUCUUUCUGGGCGAUGUCCGGGAGGUUGAAGUGGAGAUUCUGCCAGAAUUGUCCCUGGGAGAUCCUCUCAGUGGUCACUUCCGGGGGAGUUUGCAUAAAUUUCUGCCCAAAUCAAAGCGCGUUAAACUCUUGUACUCUCAUGCUCGCGUCUGGCCACUCUUUGUCUACGAGCAGUAUGACAUUGGAAAGGUCAUGAUGAAGAUUAAGCACUUUGUGGCAUCCCACAAAAUUGAAAAUAUGCCAAUUGAUCCCAUUGUCUGCUCAUUCUGGUCGGCUAAGAAUCUUCCUCUGGAGCAGGCGGACAGGGAAAAGAUCUUCGCCACGAAUUUCGUGGAAGUGAGGAUGCAGAUCAUUGCUGAAAAGCUUAAUGAUCCUUACUACUAUCACUGCGGAGAGUGUCAGCAGAAGGUGGCAAAGUUCAGUGAGGUGUUUGCAAUGUCCAAGGAUGGCGUUCUGGCCAGUUACUGCAAUCCCGGGGGCUAUAUUCAUGACACAGUGACGCUGUUUGGAGUGGAAGAGGAUUCUGUGACUGUGGAACGCUCAAAAUCAACCCAGUUCAGCUGGUUCCCUGGCUAUGCAUGGAAGAUUACGGUUUGUGCUCGGUGCCAGAGGCAUCUGGGUUGGCAAUUUGUGGCUGAGAAAAAGAAUCUCAGGCCACGAUCCUUCUUUGGACUAACUCAGCGAAGUAUUGUGCUGAAACUUUAAAUAUAUUUAAGAGAUUGAUGUCUGUAUCUAUAAAAAUGAAUUUAUAAUAUAAAAUUUAUGUAUUUCUUCAA